ACUCAAAUUUAUACGGCAUCUAUGCCAGAUUGCUCGGGAAAUGGUGAUAAGUCCUAGAAACUCCAGGUUGGGCCUUACUGCUUUGACAAAGAGAUUAGGAUUGGGUGAUCGGCCUGACAGUCCUGAUGGUGAGAUUAUAAAAUAUAAGUGGGAUGAUCCUCAUAUAAUUCCUGCUAAUAUGACAGUUGAAGUUUCUGAGCUAUUUACUCGUGAAUUGACAAGGUAUAUUGAUGAGACAGAAGAACUUGCAAUGAGGGGAUUGAUGGCCAACAGGCAUAUACUGGAUUUAAUUUCCAAUGAGCUUCUUGAACACUCGAGGAUAACUGGAUUGGAAGUAGAAGACAAAAUUAGAGGGUUAUGCCCUACCAUGUUUGAAGAUUUUGUGAAGCCUCUCCAAAUAAACAUGGAGGAGGAAGGACCAUUGCCUCAUAAUGACCGUUUGAGUUAUCAACCGCUGGACAUUUAUGCCGCACCCUUCCACAGAUGUUAAAAUCAGUGGUGGUUAUAGGAAUUUUGUGGUCAGACUAGUAUGGAAAGUCGUCAAGUAGUGAAAUUUGGGGCGCAGAGAAUAUAGAAUUACCUUUUUUCACAUCAACUCUGACCAAUGCCUUCGUGAAGUUCCAACGCAAAUGCCAAUGGAAAUACUGCUAAUAGAUAGAUACGUUGGGUAGGCCUGGGCACUGUUUCAUUCUUGGCUCUGGUAUACAAAGAUACGUUGGAGAUUUUGAUGAUCGAUCACGUGCUUUGUAUAAAGGAUGUUUUUUUCCCCAAUGCUUUGUAAAACUGAUUUUAAGACUAUUUAUGCAUCAUUCUAUUGCAAAGCUUAUGUUUUGCUAACUA